AUGAAAGUUUAUUUUAUGAUUAUUAUUUUAACACUGGCGCCUUGUGAACAAUUAUUUUGUCCUUCACAUACGAUGGCUAUUAUUCGUAAUCCAUUAUUGAAUAAUUCAUGUGAAUAUUACAUGACAGUUGGACUCAAUUCUAAUUUGAAAGAAAGUACAUUUCAACGUAAAAAGUUAAAUUUAAUAGUUGUUCUUGGUGUGAGUGGUUCAAUGCUAUCAUCAUUUGAUUGUUAUUAUUAUGAUAAUCAUCGUUUAAAACAAAAAACUGAAUACGAUACCCGUUCAAAAAUUGAAAUAGCUAAAAGUGUUGCUAAGAAAUUAAUUCAGCAUUUAAAUGUUGACGAUGGUUUUGGUUUAGUUACAUUUAAUGAUCGGUCACAAAUAAUACAACAAUUAAAAUAUAUAGAACAUAGAAACUUAGAUGAUCAUAAUGAAAGUAUCUCUAAACUUCAAGCAACUGGUGGAACGAAUACGGGUGUUGGUAUCAAAAACGAUAUAGAUUUAUUUAAUGGCAUACCACAAACAGAUGAUUAUGAUAAUCGUAUGAUAUUUAUAACUGAUGCUGAGCCGAACAGUGGUAGUCUAGAUGAAAAUUAUUUUAUAUCAUCAAUUGCAGAAAGUUCAAAAAGACGUAUUUAUACUACAUUUAUUGGUGUUGGUAUUGAUUUUAAUACUCAACUAAUUGAUAAUGAAGAUUUUGAUUUAAUUGUUACACCAUUAGUAUUUAAAUUACAAUUAAAUUAUCAAAGUAAUCAAUUUGAAAUUGAACAUGUUUAUGGUUCACCAGAAAAUGCUACUAGUACUAGUCAACUAAUCAAAAUUAAUACGCUAUUUCCAUCUCGUACAAAAAAUGGGACAACAAGUGGUGGCAUUGUUUUAUUAAAACUAAAAAAGUUAAAUCCAUCAGAUCAUGUUUAUAUUCAUAUGCAAUUAAGUGUCAGUUAUGAAGAUCGUCUUGGAAAAACAUCUGAAGAAAUGCGUCUUAUUGAUAUGAUACGUAAGAAAAAACAAUCAUCAACAGAAGUUGAUAAUGAUCAUUGUCAAACUGUUUAUUAUUCAAACAUCGGUAUAAGAAAAACGAUAUUACUAACCAAUUAUGCGACAUUAUUGAAAAUAUGGAUUCGAAAUGAACGUGAAGAUCGAUUAAAUUAUCAAUCUUUAAAAACCCUAGGGAUACGAAUUACCGCAUGA